UACAACUCACAAGCAAGCGCCCUUUUGGUAGGCGCGAGAUUUAACUUUAGACUUCUACUAAUUUACUACAAAUCUUUACCAAUCCAGUGAAUUAAGUGCUAUAAGGCACAAAACGUGUACUGUAUUCUUCGUUAACGUAGGGCUAUGGCUUUAUGUCAAAAGCCAGAAAUGGCAACCGGGAACAAUGGUAUUUCAAGAUAGCACUGCUGACUGCUAUUUGCUGCAGUGUUUAUUUUAGAAAUGGAUGAUAUCUAUGGCAAAAUGGAGACACGAUUCUUUCUACCUCAGCAUACUAGAAUCAAGAACUCUUCCGGAAGUGUCUCCGACAGAAGGACCUCUUAUGCGGAGAACCUACUAGAGACGGACAGCAGACCCAAAACCCAGGUGCAUCCAAAACACAACAGGCUAAAACGAGCGAAAACACAAAAAAGAUCGGAGAAUUUCACUGGCUGCGGAAACAAUCCCACCCAUGUAACUGAGACCACCGAGUCCAGGUCAUUUUGUGAUGAUAUUCUGAAUAACCGUAAAGGAAAACUAUUGACAGAUGCUGCAAUACCUACUGGCGAUAAAGACAACUCGGCUCUUCCUCCUACAUCACCAGAUCUUCCCACAAAAAGCGUAAGAAAGGAAGGACACCAUUCACAAACGGUGCAAAAAGUUUCUCAAAUGCAAAACGAGGGAUAUAUGAAACGCAGUAAACUGACAUUAAAGAUGAUGAGCAGCGAUAUGAGUUUGCAGUUCGUCCCCAUUCCUACAGAGAGAGAAGAACGUGGCUCAAGUGACAAAAGCUUAAAAGACAUUGGUCAUUUUAGAGCUGAUAAAGAGGUGUUGCCCAGCUGUUUACGAAUUAACACCAGUGACAAGGACCUUUUGAUUGAUCUGCCAGAGAAAUCUGGAUGGAGAAAUGAAUUUGGCAAUGAAAUGAGCAGUGAGUUGCUGGAAGAGAUUCAGAUACUCAAUUUGCAGUUUCCCGUCCACAGGUUCUUCACUCUUCUCCUGAGGAAGAGAACUGCACCUAAAGAGGAUAUUUCUGCUUUGGAAGCAGAUGAAACUGAUGAUUCCAAGCAUCUUUCAGCUUCUGUCCAGAGAAAGAGAAAACAAGAGUUGGAGGAGCAGACCUGUGACAGGACAUACAAAUGUCACAGGACAAAUAAAGGCUGUGUUUCUGCUGAUAAGUUGGACUUUGAACAAUUUUCAGGUGGUUUGGUCCCCUCUCAUGCAAAGUACAGAAACAGACUGAGCCGAACAAAACGCAGGCAACAACAAACUACAUUCUGUGCUGUAGUCACUGAACCAGUGCAGAAUGAAUCUGUUCAUCAGGACGCAUGGCCUGGUCAUCUACGAAGAGAGGAUGUUCUCUGGACAGAUAAAUAUCAGCCUCAACAGUCUAGUGAAGUCAUUGGCAACUCUGCAUCAGUAGGGCAACUACACAGCUGGUUGAAAGAAUGGAAAAUAAGAGCAGACACUGAGGAGAGGAGAAGACGACAAGAAGAAAGGAGGAUGAAGAUAGAAAAUAGUCAUGAGUCAUGGGACUGUGGUGAUUUUGAAGGUGAUACUGUAUCCAUAGACCAUGAACAGGAGCUGUGUAACACAGUGCUCAUGAUUGGUCCAUCAGGAGUGGGCAAAACGGCUGCUGUGUAUGCCUGUGCACAAGAGCUGGGAUUCAAGGUGUUUGAGGUGAAUAGCUCAACCCUGCGCUGUGGUCGUCUCAUUCUCUCCCAGCUGACAGAAGCAACUCAGUCUCAUCAGGUGGACAUUCAGAAAAUUAAAACCCUCAAAUCUGAAAUCAUUAACCAAAGCAAAAUCAAACCUGAUCCACCUUGCCAUAUAAAUCAUCAUCGAAGGAAAACUUCAAGUUCUCCUAGCAUUUCCCGUCUAAGCACUAAACCACAGCCAGUAAAACUCACUCGCUUUUUCAAGUUGAGUAGCAAAACGUCUGUAGGUAAAACCUCUGAUGGUCCUGAACAUUAUAUACAUGCUGGCAAACUGAAACCAGAUGGGCUUCAGAGAUCAGUGUCUGGUUUUAAGGACAGUAGACAAGGUGAUCAAGAAUCAACAUGCCCUUCUAAAGGUCCUACUUCACUUGGACAGAGCCGAACAGUCCCCAUGUCACUUAUACUAUUUGAGGAGGUUGAUGUCAUUUUCCCUGAAGAUGUUGGAUUUCUUGCAGCUAUUAAGACUUUCAUGAGCACAACCAAAAGACCAAUAAUUCUGACAACCAAUGACCCAUCAUUUAGUGGAAGACUUAAGGGGCAUUUUGAUGAAAUCCAUUUCCAAACUCCUUCACUGGAAACCAUCAGGAGCUAUCUGCAGUGUUUGUGUGUGGUGGAGAACAAGAGGACUGAUCCAGAGGACGUGGCCUUUUUGCUUUGUCAGAAUAAGGGGGAUAUCAGACAGAGUAUUCUCCAGCUUCAGCUCUGGGUCUGUAGUGGUGGAGGGAGCACAGAACUACAAAUUCUCAAGAACAUACUCAAAUGUGGAUCCUGGACUGAGCUGGAAAACAGCAGGUAUCUGGAGAUCCUGGCAGAGAAAAUGGGAGCAGGUCUACUGUACUCUAACAUCAAAAGUCUCUUUUCUUCACAUUUCUCAUCUCAAUCUUCUUAUCAGCAACAGUCAAUAAAUCUCAAGACAAAAGGAGAAAAGCCAAUCAAAGGCUUGAUGUUACAGACCUCAACAAAUGUACAUGAGGUUAGACCAGACAGGCUGUCUACAUGCAGAAGAAAAAAACAUUUGUCAUCUUGUGAGCCAAAAACUUUUUCUUACCCACAUUCAACCCCACAUCUCAAACUUUUCUCUUUGGAUGCAUCUUAUAAGUCCUCAGUCCCUUCAAAACAAACAAAACAUUUGGCUUCCGAAACAGAUGUCCAUGGACAAGACGAAUCACUCAUGCUGGUUUUUCAGCACAUGGUGUGCAUUGCAAAGUUUUUUGAAAACAUGUCUUUUCUGGAUGCUUAUUUACAAAGACCAUCUCUCAGAGGAACUGGAAUUUGUAAGUCGGAACCUCUUGGUUGGAUGGGCGCCUCAAUGAAGGACGGCUUAUUGGACUUACCAAGAGAGGCGCAGAUCGGACAAUGUUUUGAGAAUUCAUCCCAGAUAUUGGCCAUUGUGGAAGGUUUGGGUUUCCAUCAGUGUCGGACUGAACUCUCUAGGAUCUGGAUGGAAGCCACAAGACUGAGGAAGGAGUUGUCUUCAGAGAGAUGGGAACAAAUGAUUUGUGCCCUGUCUCUGCCAUCUGACAAAAAAACCCUCAGAAUGUGUCGAUGCAAAUUCUGUGAACCUAGUGGUGUCCAGAAGCGCAAUGAGAUUGUAUCCGAUCUGAUCUCCAGCAAAAAGUUCUAUUGUCAUAGUAAUAAACAUGUUCUUUCCAUGGACUACCUACCCACUAUGCGCUCAAUCUGCAGAGCUGAGAAAGUUAAAGGACAGUGCUCUUUAAGACAUUCACACUACCUCUCAAGCCUUCACCUGCCCAGAAGCUUGCUGGAAUUCAUGGCCUUGGAUUUCCCUUGAUGUGUGAUUGACAUACUGCUUUAGAAAAUCCUCCAUGACUUCUAAACUGUUUACUGUAUUGCGGCAUGAGUGUGAUUUGUGUUUGUAGAUUGUAGAGUUACAGAAAUAUAUUUGUAUGA